ACCAUCAGAAUAGUGUGUUCCUGGAAAGUCUAAUGGUCCUAUUUUAAUUUGAGGGUUUUACCCCUGCUUGUAAAAUUGUUAAAGUUAGUCAAAAUUGAUGGGCCUUUGAAGGAGAUGUGGGGUGGUGUUUUUUUUCAGCUGGACAUUUAAAACGCGACGGUCUCUCCCGUUCGGGUAAGUUUUAGCAACUGCUCAGGACAGCAUAUAAACCUCCGUUUAUUCGUCUUUGUUUCAUCCAGUCGGGCCUUGGUGCAGUGCUCAGAAACACGUUGACAAACUCAAUGAAAAUGAGCCUACAACUUGUAUUUUGGCGUUUGCACAUCUACUACAAGUAAAAGUAUACGAGUUGAAUCAGUUCAUGGGCGUUUAUCAAUUCGGAGUAAAUAUUUAGUUUGUAACUCGUGUCGAACAAGCCGAAAGAUAUAACAAGUUUGCAUUUUUUGCGCAACGAAAGUUACACGAAUAGUGCCUUCACACUUAGCGCUUCAGACUAUAAAAGUUGAUAUUUUCGCGAAGUGCGUUGGCCCUCGUUGACGUACGCCUCGCCGAAAUGAAGCUGGGUAGUUGAACAUCGCCAUCAGUUUCAAAAUUGUGAUAUGCGCCGCGUUACUUUCUGUUAUUAUGUUCAACAAUUUUAAACAGGCGGUUAGCAAGCGCAGUUCAGCGUAGCUGGGCCUAGCUAGCUAACUUUAGCGGUGGCUAAGCUUAGCUACCGAGUUGACAACGUUGUAGUCAACGUUGCUGGGUCGCGGGGUAUGCUGGAGCCUAUCCCAGCUGACUUCGGGCGACAGGCGGGGUACACCCUGGACUGUUGUUAUGGAGCAGCCACCAGGGAGCUUGGAUGAUCUACAACCUCAGGACCUCUCCACCUCAAACAUCGCCGCUGUGAUCGACUUGACGAGGAUAGGCAACCUGAAUGGCACUUCUUGCGAAGUCCAACAAGUUGAUACUAUCCCAGAUUGGCACCCAAACUCUGGAACCUACAACCCUGAAUUACCCUCUUCGUCAGAGACCACCUCCUCUACUAUUUUUCGCCAAUCAGGGGAUCACAUUCAACCAGACAAUGCCUUGUCCCGCACCACAGUGACCCUGUCGUACGUGAGCAGGUCUCACAUCCACUCCAAUUCACCUUUGUAUGGCGUGCCACCUAUCAGCAAGUUCUCCCUCCUCCCUCCUUGUGAGGCUGAGAAAGGGCUCGGGGAGACUACCUAUGCACUGAACCAGCUUUACUUGGAACACGUUGACAGGCCAGUGGACCUCGCCACUCAGGCUUUUCAUUCAUCCUCUCAAGCUCCAGAGACUGAUGCAAUACGUCCCCCACAGCAACUUUGUGAGUUUAAUGAGGAAGUAACUUUGAGCAAGACUGGCGGAGAUGAACACUGCAUUCUCGGGAGGAAGGAAAACAGUGGUGGGUUGGAGAAUGGCCAAGAUGGCAGCUGGUCGAGUUUAGGAGUGGAUUCUAAGUCAUCACCCGAGACAAGGGAGGACGACGAGGAGAAGGGACGCUCCGAGACCCCCCUGCAUAAGACAAAGAACGAGGAGCCAGUGGUGGCUCCAAUAGAGCUGUUUUCAUCGACCACAGACUAUAAACGCCUUCUAGAGGACCCUGUGUCCCCUUCAGCUACCUCACCGGGUGAUGUCGAGGAUGUGUUUUUGCUUCCUCAGGCCUCCAGUUCACCAAGCGGGGACACCUCUUUUCAAGCUGAGGAUGACUCUGUCACAGAAGGGCCCAUUGAGCUCAGGUCUGGCAUCAGCAGCAGUACAACAAGUUUAAAUUCACGCAGUGAAAACAAGCAGCCGGUCCACAGAAGGAAACCAGAGCCAAACUCUUUGGUCGACUUGACAGAGGAUGUUUGUUCAUCUGGGAUUUCAGAGGACAAACUUAAAACUGUCACCCCUUACAUGAAUGGGAUUGUUGGCGCAUUACAGAAGACUGUAAAUGAAAGGAAACUGCGUUCAGGCAGAGGGAUGCACUUACAAUCUAUUGUUAUGAAUAUCAAUUCAAGCAGGUAUAAAGUAUCAGGACGCAUUAAAGCUAAUGCAGAUGCUUCCAAAAUGAGAACAAGGGAUUCUAAUGCAACAAGUCCAAAGAGGAGUGACACUCAAUCUGACAGGAAUAGACAAGGCAAAGCAAAAGAAAAACAAAAAGUAACACAACAUAAAAGGGGCAAAACCAAUAGCAUUAACAACGAUCGAGGCAAAGACACUACAUCUGUUAAUAAUUCUAACAAGUCAUACAGCAAAGCCUCUCCUAAAAGCCCUCGGUUUUCAAAGAACGUUCCAGAGGCUGCUCCAUACCCUGGAACUUUGCCACAGAGCAGCCCUGUGAGGUCAAAGAGGAGACUUUCUUCAGCAUCAAGUCCGCAGCCCAAACACUCAAUGAAGCAGCGUCCAGCACACCCAGACCCUUCAUUCACAAAUCCAGCAAAAUGUUUACCACCAGCACCUAAAGAAUCUCCAAAGAAAAACCCACGUUCAGCUCAAGGUCAGAAAAUAUUGCCAAUUGCGAAGACAAAGCCAAAUCGCGCUCCCAAGAGACGACGAAAAAAGCACAAACCGAGACAGUUCUCUUCCAUCUUCUCUCCCAAGGAGCCUGAAAUUAAAUUGAAGUAUGUCCACUACAAGGAGGAAAAAAGGGAGUCAAGGGUGGAGAAUUUCUCCCCCUUCAUCCGUCAGAAGCGACAGCAGUCGUCUGUGUCACUUUGCACUGUAGUGAACUACCCAGAAGAGGUCAGGACGCAGCACAAAAAAGGCCAGAGGGAGCUACAGGAUCAUACCAGUGGCUUUAUUUCUGGAACUGUACCCAGCACUUCCUGUCUCCAGCUGGGCCGGUCGUCCAGUCACGGCCAGCAUCAAGGCUCCCUCAUCUGUUGCCUGUGUGGGCUGUCAGCCAACGCCAUGGACUUGGGGGAUCUCCACGGUCCGUACUAUCCUGAAGGAUACCGACCGAGCACCAAAGCGUCUGCCUGCACGUCUAGCCCUAAAUGCCUAAAGGGCUACUACAGCGAUUCAGAUUCUUCAUCCUGCAGUGUAAGGGGCAGGGGGAGUAAACGUGCCGUUGCGCCAAUGUGGAACAGCAGGCUCGCGGAUCAGUUCCCGCAGAGCCACCAGCGGACUGCUGAAAACACGGGUAGCCCUGCAGCAAAGCGGGCUCGCUCAGAAAUAUGGCCAACAGAUGUGGAGGACUGGUACAGCCCCCCUGUGCUGCCCCUUGAGCCCUGUGAGUACUGGCUCCACGAAGACUGCGGCAUCUGGUCAGCUGGCGUGUUCUUGGUGAAGGGCAAAGUGUACGGCCUGGAGGAGACUGUCAAGGUGGCCCGUGAGACGAUGUGCUCAACCUGCUCUGAAACUGGUGCAACCCUGGGCUGCUUCUUCAAGGGUUGUCCCAGCAAAUACCACUACAGGUGUGCUCUGGAGGCAGACUGUGUCCUCAUUGAGGAAAACUUCUCCAUGAAAUGUAAAAAGCACAAGAGCAAGACAUUCUCAGCCCCAGUGGGGAAACAAAGUGAUCCCAGGAGAAAAAAGCCCUCUUGACAUUCGCCUGCCAAAUCCUGCAGUGGCUUGCUCGCCUUCUGGACACUGUGGACAAGAACACUUGCAACUGACAGUUAACACCCAUAAACCUUAACUACUCCUCCUCUUCCUCUCUCAGCAGGCUCUCAGAUUCCCAAUUCUUAGUAAUUAUUUAUAUGGACUUUUUUUUUGUUUUUUUCUCAAUGAAAUGUGAGUAACAAUCAAGAUAUUUAAUUUAAAAGAAACCUAUUUUGAUUAUAUUUGGCUUUAUUUAUUCCUGAAGUGUGUCGUUUUGUUUCUUUAGCAGUUGUCAAAGUGUUUUUUUUUAUUUUUUUUUAAGUUAUUGAUAAAGCGGUUGAUUUUAAACUAAAGACGCCGUGAGCAGGCAAAGGGGCAAAACUAUGUAAAGGUACCAUAGUCAUAAGAAAUAUCAUUUAUAUAAAACACACAGCAUUACAUUCCCAUUUACAUAUUAGGGUGUGAGGGAAGUAGUGUGUUUGAAUGUAUUCUCCCCAUGUGUGGGUUUUUUUGUUAGUUUUUUUGCAGGAAGCACUUGGACUGGCACGCGCCUUUGCUCCAGCUGCAGUAUUAGCCUCCUGUUUAGCCACCAGAAUGACAUGAUUAUUAUUAUCAUUAUUAUUAUUAUUAAAUCUGGCUCAAAGCACUUUGACUGGGAGCAUUGCAAGGAUUCUUGUAUUGCAUCCUCCUACCUGUUAAUAAUUUGAAUCAAAUUAAAUGUUCGUUUCACUCCAUAUGCAGACGGUAUGCACAGAGGACCUCAACAACAACAACAAAAAAUUUGUUUACGUGAAUUCUAAUUAAGAGUUGUGUGGUCUGAUCAGCUAUCUUUUGCUUCUUUUCUCAGAAGAUGCAGUGUACUGCCUCUUUAGCCUUAUGUGAUGAACAAGGGGUACUCUUGAAUUAUGUCAAUGGUGUCGCUGCACCACUAGGGGCAGCAUUGUGCUGUUUUUGGAGUUCAGUGUGUGUAUGCUUGUCUGGUAGUUUCUCAAAUGACACUAAAGGACACAAGUCACUCAUGUCCUGACCUAUGAAACCCAUAGCAACCACAUCACUUGUGCCAUCUUCUGUUCACCUGUGCUGACAUUGAUUUCUUUUUGUUAGUUUGUACCAAACACAGCUUUUACAUGAUGGAUGAUCCUUACAAAAACUUUCUAAUAUGUUUUCUGUGUGUUUAUCUCAGGGCUGAAUUUACAGAUUUUUCCUUUUUUUGUGUGUGUGUUUGACUGGAGGGCAUGCAUUACAAAAGCCUUCUUUCUCUGGUCCAAACAUUCCAACACGUACAUUUACUUGUCAAUGUUAUCAAUUCAAUGGUUUGGGUUUAACAAUGGACUGCAACUUGUGCCACUUUUUUUUUUUUUUUAUUGUCAACCUUUUUUA